CAGUUAAUAUGCUCAUUCCUCAGGACAUGAUCUAGACCGCUUAAUAACAAGUGUGCCAGGAACAAAACAUAUUAUACGAAGACGCGAUCUUGAUAGCUUUUGUCGUUUCAAUGACUUGUCAAACCCAGGUAUUGAAUUCAUCCUCAAAAAGGCUCACACUAUUCCUCAAGCUCAAGGUCUGUGGUACUCCAACACACACGAAAACUUUGUUCAAAUAUUUACACCAUAGGCCCAUUGCACUCUCUCCACAAAACUAAACUAUUGGCUAACACAAAACCACAAUUGCAAGAAACUAUCUUUUCUAAUAGUGUUUGGAAGGAAGAUAAAACUUGCAUGUCGUGGCUCGAUAAGCACGAUCCAAGAACCGUCAUUUAUGUAAGCAUAGGAAGUCUUGCAACCAUGAUAGUUGAACAACUACUUGAGAUAUGGUAUGGUGUGGUGUUGUUAACAGUGGAAAACCCUUUUUAUGGGUAAGACGGCCCGGGUCAAUCAUUGGUGGGUAUGACGAGUCUUGGGUUCCAGCUGAGCUACUAGAGCGUACGAAAGAAUUUGGGUGUAUAGUAGAAUGGGUUCCACAAGAAGAUGUACUCGCCCAUCCAGCCGUAGGUGGGUUUUUGACACAUAGUGGAUGGAACUCGACUAUGGAAAGUAUUGCAAAGGGUGUGCCCAUGGUUUGUUGGCCAUAUUUUGGGGACCAACAAACCAAUAGUCGGUUUGUGGGAGAGGUAUGGAAAAUGGGAGUAGACUUGAAAGAUACAUGUGAUCGAUUGGGAAUUGAAAAGGCAGUGAGGGACAUUAUGGACUCGAAACAUACUUUAUUUACACAAGCUGCAAAUACUUGGGCAAAUGUUGCUAAAGAGUCGAUAAGUAAGACGGGUUCAUCAUCUAUUCAAUUGGGUCGGUUGAUUGAUGAUAUUUUAGCAAUGAGCUUGACUAAUCUGUAAUGUAAUGAAUUCGAGGUAUGAACUACAGUUGUAUUUGUGAGGUAGAUUUGUGUUGCAUUGUAAGAUGCCUGAAUAAGUUAUAU